AUGUAUGGCACAAUACUCGUUAAACGAAAACUAAAUAAAGUGAUAGUAGUGGCUACAAUAUUUUGGUUCUUUACAAUUGUUUAUUAUGUAUGGAAUGAUUCAAUUGAAUCUAUAAAACAAUCAGUAUAUGAUUCUUAUAGUAAUUAUAAUAAUAAUGACAGUCAGGGAUAUGUCCCUGCUACAGUAGAACAAGAAGAACAUGAAGAAACAAAAAGUAAUUAUACACUGGACCCACUUAUGACUUAUUUAUUCUCACAAAAUAUAGAUGUGAGGGACAUACCAGAUCAACCUUCAAGUAUUUAUACUAAAGUUUUUUCGGAACAUAGUGUAUCAUCUAUAAUUGGGAAUUUAAACUUUGAUGAAAGAUGUGUGAUAUAUUUCAAGAGUUUAGUGACUCAAGAUCAGAAUUGGCAUUUCACACCAAACAAUUGGGAUAAAUUAUUUGAAGAUGGUCAAUUUGAUCACUUUAAAGAAAAAUAUCUUGAAAAAUUAAAGAAAGAAUUCAAACAUGAAGAAGGAGAUGAAAGUUAUGAAUCUGAAUUUCAAAACUAUCUUUUGGGCAAAUAUGAAGAUUAUAAAACAUCAAUUAUUGAACAACAUUUGAUUGAUCAUUUGGCUGCAGUUAGGAUAUUUAAUAAAUGUUAUAUCAGUAAUGAUGAUCAAACUCAAAUCAAACAAACCAACAAGUUUAUAAAUACCCAAAGGAAACAAAUCCAAUAUCCCGAUGGGUUUUCACAUACAGAAUUAGAAAAAUUACAUGCAUUUGAUGUUGACUCAGUCUUGGAAUCUAGAGUAUAUCCUUGGCUAUCUUUUGAAAACCCAACCUAUGAACAUUGGACAGGUGAUAUAUAUUAUCAUCCUCCAGAUAUGACUAGACCAAAACAUAUCCAAAAGAGAAAGUAUUCAAAAUCAUCUUUCCUUAAACAAUUCCAAAACUCGUGUAAUGGGAAGGGGAUUGUUUUGACUAUUCCGGAAUCACAUAUUGAUACUACAAUUAGAUUGAUUUCUUUGUUGAGAGCUUUGAAUAAUCAAUUACCUAUACAAAUCAUCUAUGAUAACUUAUCAAAAUCAGGUAAACAACAAUUGAUAAAUGCAGCCAGAGAGGAUUUUGUUGUAUUACCUCAAUCAUUCAAAAAAGUAGCAAAGCAUUUCCCAAGUGAUUAUAAGACUCAUGGAUUACCAAAGCAAGAUAUUUGGUUUGUCAAUGUUGCAAAUGCAAUUCAUGUUAAUUAUAGAGAUAAAUUUCAAACAUGGUAUAGUAAAUUCUUGGCUACUUUAUUUAAUUCAUUUAAUGAAUUUAUCUUAAUGGAUGAUGAUACUGUCUUAUUACAGAAUCCAGAAUAUUUCUUCGAUAUCGCAGGAUAUAAACAAUCGGGAGCUUAUUUCUACAAAGAUAGAACCGGUUAUGAUGGAAGAGGAAAAGAUCAAUUGGAUUUAUUCAAGAAAUUAUCUCCAAGUUUAGUAGACUCAGUGAUGUUUAAUAUGCCACUUAUAACCAACCACACCCUUUCAUUAAACACAUUCAAAAAUGGAUUAUAUCACCUACAAGAAUCAGGAGUCGUUGUCAUCAACCGAGACACACAUUUUACUGCCCUACUCAUGAUCCUUCAAUUAAAUCAAAUCGAUUACUUACGUGAUAGAGUUCUAGGUGAUAAAGAACUCUUUUGGUUAGGGUUUGUCAUUGCCGGAGACGAAUCAUUCGAAUUCAACAACAACCACGCCGCUUCUAUCGGAUUAGUCACCCCUCACCCCGAAGAAAGACAUCGACCAGAUGGAUCCUCCCAUCGAUCAGUUGAGAUAUGUUCUCCCCACCCAGGACAUAUCGAUAAUGACAAUCAUACUUUAGCGUGGAUAAAUUCCGGAUUUAGAUUCUGUCAUAGUGCUCAUGAAAUUGAUUAUGAACACGAAGUCCAAAUUGGUAGAUUGCUUAAAUCGAUCACACAAGCUUUUGAAUUAGAGAAACUAUAUGAAUCCCCGUUAAGAAUUAAUCAUGCGGUCGUGCCUGCGUUUGAUGGUAGAGAUCAUCCAAAUAAUCAAGAUGAGCCUGAUUACGGUUGGUUAAUGGACGGGGGGUAUUGUAAAGGAUAUAUGUGGUGCGGAUAUUCUAGUAUUGGGGGGACGACUAAUGAUGACACUAAUAAUUCUUUGGAUGGGCUUUUGGUUGAGUUUGAAGAUUGGGAGAAGGAUUUGUUUACCUAUUAUGGAGAUAUUUGGGUGGGAUUAGAAUAG